AUGAGCCGCUCAUAUGAUAAAAAGAAAAUAAAGGUAUGUUUCUUCUUUUCUUGUUUUGUUUUUAGGUAUAACCGAAGCCAAAACGAUGAUAGAGGAUUAUCAUGAGCUAAAGAUGGUAUAUUGGGAUAGUUUCUAGCUUUUUUGAUGGUUUUUAGUAACAAUAACGGGGUAACGAGUUAGUUAUUUGAUUUUACUUUCACUUGUUGAAUAUAGUGGGUCAGAUGGUUUAGUCUGUAGCUUCAAGCAAUUUAUUUUGUUUGAGUUGAAAAUUAGUAUAAAGUUUUUUUAAUUUUUUUUUAUCAUGUUCAUAGUUAAAUUUCAUAGCUUUUGCUUAUUAUAUUUUUGAGAUAUAGAAAUUUUUGUUGGAUUUACUUAAGUUGUUUUGUUUUUACUAUAUUUUGGUUUUACUCUAAAGUCGUUUGAUUCUUCUUGAACAGUUUAGGAAAAGCGUUACUAUAAAAGCAAAGAAUGUAAAAUUUAAUAUUUUAGGAAGAACCAUGUUCAUCAAGUUCUUUUUCACCAGCUGUACUUUAUACCGACCUAGACAAUCCUUUCAAUGACCCCAACUUCUCUCAACCGUUUGUAUGGGGCAAGAAAUUGGCAGCUGAAGGAAAGAAGAAUUUGAGUAAGAAAGAAAUUGAGAAAAUGCAUAGGAAUCAGAUCAAGAAGAGUGUAGAAGAGAUGGAACAGCUAAAACAAAGUCGACUGACACGCCAAGCAGCCCGAGAUGAUAUUGAAUUUUUGGCGAGAGAAGAAGAACGAAAGAAGAAUUCAGAUUUUAGUGAAAUUGAACGAAAGUUUCAUUUGCAGCAGGCUCCAUUGAGGUCUCAGAUCAGAAUCAAGGGGAAUCGAGCGAUGCCCAUUGACCAUCUGGCUGUGUAAGUUAUUUUAUUUUGAAUUUUAGGUACUAUUUUCCGCUUUUUAUAUAAUUCUAACUUCAUAAUUUUAGGUACAUAUCCUUUGGCAACGAUAAGAAACCAAAGCCCUUUGAAGAGCUAGAAGAUGUCGAGCUCAGGGAUCCGAAUGAAUAUGUGAAAGGACUAACAGAAGAGCAAUAUGAAGAUUUGAUAGCUGAUGUCAAAGUUUACCGUUUGCUGGAUACAGAAAAGAAGCAAAAGGAGUUCUGGGACGAUGUUACGACAAUAGCAACAUCAGAGCUGAAGAAGCAAAGGGAAUUGAGGAAGAAUGAAGCCGUUCACUCUGCCGUACAACAAGAUGUUAUCAAGACGUUCAAGGUAAGGGUUUGUUGUUUUUUUUCAGUUUUAGGUAAUAUUCAAAAUAUUAAUGGCAAAAACUUUAGUAA